AUUCGCUUUGUAAAAGCGUCAAAUGACUCGCACGAAUGCAACAUUAUACCUGUCAAAGAUUAUUGAGCCACGAUGAGUUGGUGGAAAACUUUUACUAUUGUAUGAAUAUUCGGAUUUUGACCAUUCACGCAUGAGGCUGUUUGAAAUAAAAAUGGCUUUGACCACUCUGGAGGAAAGCCCUGUUGAUUACCGUAGCCUUACUGCUUAGCUGACGCGACGCUUGUUUUUAAUUAGCCUGAAGAAACUGAUUGACAACUGAUUUGAUUUAUGGGUAUUGAUCAUUUGGUCACCUCGAUUAGGAGGGUGCAACCUACGUUUAGCUAUUGUUCCCGUUCGAUGAGCAACCCUCUCCGUCGCUCUAUUGUCCCUCGCUCGUGCGCUGUUACGUGCGGGAGUUUGCCGUGACCCCCUGCCGCAAUACGCGACCGGACGCGACGCUUUUGUAAUCGCGUGUUCCGAUUGUGGUUUAGCCUACGUGGGAUCGUUCGUGUUAAACAUUUAAGAAUUCUUUCAUUAAAUAGUUUUGGUUGCCUUUUUGUUGACCUUCCAAACAGUUGACAGAAACUUCUCUGCUGGUCAUAUCAAUCAUUUACCCACUGCCUUCAUUUGAAUGGUAUGCACCCCGCUCAGAAGUCUUUGUCCUGCUUUACCUGCUGAUAUCGCUAGGAUACCUGUGUCAUACCCGCUUUAACUGAGUCUAAUGUCUGUUUUUUUUCCUGUGGUACUGUGACCGAUUUUUAAUACUUUAGCUAUUUGAUUCAGUUGUCGGAUACCUAAUUCUGGCAUAGAGAAUGACUGAAAAUAUGACUUGUGGUAUUAAGUGUCAUUUUCGAGUUAUAUCUAAAGUCGCAUCUUUUCAUUCUCUCUUUAAUGGAACUUUAAUUAGCUCUCAAUAAUGUCAAAGAGUCUUGGUGUUCCGAAGCUUCUCACAUUAUAUAAAGGUUAAUUCUCCGAGCCCGUGCGUGCAAGCUGGGGCGCGUGCGUGCGUGCGUCAGUGGCGCGGGCGCGCACGCGCUCGCGUGUCUAGGUGGGUAGGCUACCUUGACAGUCUGAUUUCUCUCUUGGCUUACCCCCGGGGGCUUCGCGCCGCAGCUCGCGGCUCGGUUAGUCCGCAGUCGAACACACCUACGUUUGGAUAAGAGCUUUUUACUGAGGCUGAAGCAGGAACCACUGCAAGCUAAGGUCUUAACAGCGGACAGCCCUAGAAAAUGCUUGUGAGUGCAGCGUGCUGUCAUUUGUAGAUGUGCACUCUGAUUGGCUGACUCUUCACCUCUGCAAGCAUCACCCUCACUCACGCACCAAUCAGAGUGAGAACAUUGCUGCCCUCUGCCUUUGCCCUCCACCCCUCCUCCCUCCCUCCCUCCCUCUCUCUCCCUCCCCCUCGUGCUGUGGGCCAUGUCUGGCAGUGGGGGGUUGAUGGAGGGAAACCAAGCUAGAGAGGAGGAGGAUGCUCGGGACAGCUGCUGUGGUGAUGAAGAUUCGUCGCCCGUGGUGGAGAGGCGGAACCGGAGCGGCAUCAUCAGCACGCCGCUCAGCAAGAGCCUCAAACACUCUCGAGCGCUCUCGCAGUACAUCGCCACGUGCUCUGCUGCGGCCGCCGUGGCCACCGCUACCGCUAACGCCAGCAGACUCGCCCAGAGCGCCUUAGUGCCCGCGGGGGUCAAGCCGAACUCAGCGGCUGCCCAGCACAGAGCCCAGCUGGGACUCACCAAACUGGACCGAGGGGCUCUGGUGUCUGGCCUGCUGGACUCUCCGAGCGGGCUGCACCUGGCCCAGGCCGCCGAGCUCUUAAGGCGCGCCAGCAUGCUGCUCCCCGACUCCUCCGGCCUCGGAGUGGGCGGGGACGUGGAGGCGGUCUCGGCUUCCGAUUCGCUGGGGAGCAUGACGGACUUCCCGUUGCUGAGCAGUGCCGGCGGGGUGGGGGCCGGCUUCCCGUUCCACCCAGGCCUCUUCAUCAUGACGCCAGCCGGAGUCUUCCUGGCGGACAGCACGCUGUCACAGGUGACGGGCGCGUCUGAGCACCGACAGGCCCACGGCGAGGUCACAUCGGCUGCGAGCGCCAACGGCAAGAAGAAACGCAAGCGCUGCGGCCUGUGCCCGCCCUGCCGACGCAGGAUCAACUGCGAGCAGUGCAGCAGCUGCCGCAACCGCAAGACCGGCCACCAGAUCUGCAAGUUCAGGAAGUGUGAGGAGCUGAAGAAGAAGCCAGCUGGAGGACUGGAGGUGAUGCUUCCCACUGGAGCUCCUUUCCGCUGGUUUCAGUAGGACGAGGAGCGUGCGGACUUCCUGCCUAGCUUAAAAUAACAGACUGCCAAUCCAGCACCGCGACGCCACCGCCCUUCGGACUGCUACGGGCCUGCGAACACUGGCCACAAAUAAAGAAAUACGCAAAUAAUCUCUCUGACCGGGGAGAGAAGGCACUACACGAGAACGAUGCUGUUUCUUCUCAACCAAAAAUAAACUGUCAUGGCAGCAUGUCAUUGUUUUGUUGAGGUUUUUUUUGUUUUGUUUUGUUUUAUUUUGUUUUGUUUUGGUCGUCUAGAUUCCGUUUGACGUCCAUUUGACGUCUUAUUUAGAGUCUUGUCCUUCACAGGACACUGUAGGAACUCUUCACCACCAAACAGAAAAUGUACAAUCAUGUUCCUUUCUGUGUUUUGUGUUCCUGUCUGUCUGCGUGUGAGGGAAUGCUGUAUUUGCGUUAGCGAAUGUGAACGUAAGACUCUGUUUUAAAGCUCGUUUGUAAUUCUGAGCUCUGUUGUAGAACCAGUGUUCGUACUGACUGUCCCUAGACUUGGAUUUGACUUCUUUUUGGUUUGUUUUUUCGUUUUUUUUUUUUUUUUUCGAGAGGGAAGUACUAGGCGUGUGUGUACGCAGUUGGUCAUAGAACUUUGGUUUUCAAAUUGCCGUUUGAUAUCAAACCUGAUAAAAAAAAGACAAAGGAAAACAUAACGUAGCAUCCCUUUUGCAAAACGCGCAGAAAAAAUCUUUGAUUGUUAUUUUCUGUAUUGUGAAGUGGGUACAGUGUGGCUGUUAGACGAUGGCUGGGGCGCAUGGAAAAGGGGGAGGGGCCCCGCAGGUGACAUUUCCACAUCACAUCCUUCCUUUCCACGCCUCGUCACCCUGCUGGGUCCUGAUUGGUCAAGCGGAAUCAGGGUGUUGCUGACAGGUGCAGGCGUCAGAGCGGGGAGCAGAGGCCAGUGCUGGCCCUCAGCCUGGCCAGCCGAGUCCCGGAGGUUUCCAGCCGUAUCCCAGAGGUUUCCAGCCAUGUCCUAGAGUUUUCCAGCCAUAUCCCAGAGGUUUCCUGCCGUGUCCCAGAGGUUUCCAGCCGUGUCCCAGAGGUUUCCUGUCGUGUCCCGGAGGGUUCCAGCCGUAUCCCGGAGGUUUCCUGCUGUGUCCCGGAGGUUUCCUGCCAUAUUCCGGAGGUUUCUAGCCGUGUCCCAGAGGUUUCCAGCCGUCCAUUUGCUAGCCUACCAUGUUCCUUCUCUUCCAGAAGUGUAAUCCUAGACACUGAGGCGGUAGAAAAAGUCCCUCCUACCUGCCCUGCAGCCGCACAGUGGCCGCCAUUUUGACGGACGACCCUAUCUGCUCUGUUAGCUCCGCUGGUGUUGUGUCGUGUUUGCGCAGUGUAGACUGGACGGAGGAUUCCCGGGCAUGGAGCAGUAGACUGCCAGGUUCCAGCAGUGUGCACGGGUCUUCACGACGACUCCCAUGUGUCCGCAGCCACCGUGCUGGAGGCUGUGUUUGUAAACAGAUUAAAUGAAUGCAUGUAUCUGUGUCAGAAAUCAGCAGCUCUGAGGUUGCAGUUCCCCUCAGCUUUGGAAUAAAUAGAGGUACCAACAAAA